UGUGCAAAUAGUUCAAGCAGCUGCGUUUUUUUUAUUUUGCUCCCGUCAAACUGUGUCAAUUUAUUCCAGUGUCCUUUAUUGUUAGAACAUUUAUGAAGGAACGAAAGCAUAUAAUUUAGAUUGUUACUGGAAUGGAUGAUUGAUCAACUCGGAAAGGUGUUGUCAAUAUACCCGACGUUGUUAAAAAGUAAAGUACAAGAAAAAUCCACCUAUUGUCUCGGGGAAGCCCCUCUUGGAAAUCCCCUGUAAUUGUCGGAAUUAUAUAUUUCCAAAUUCAGAUGAGGCACAUCCUUAGGCUACUUAGUUGACAUCCUCAACCUAAUCUUGAAGACAUGUUGCAUAACCUACGAACACAAACUCUGUCGAACUAACAGAAUCAUUUCAGAAGCUGAUGGAAUAUUGAAGAUUUUUCCCCAUCCACAUCUGUCAGAAGCAACAGCGAUAAAUGACCUCUGGAAUAAGGAACAUGACUGGAAUAAAGAACACGAUGGAUGUCGAUUUGGAUAAUGAUACGCUGAAAUCAAAAAUACGGAGCUGCCAUACAUUGACUACUUUUUACCACGAAACUCGGCUGGAGAUUGACACAUUAAGUAAGAAAAUCAAGAAAAGGGACAAUUUAAUCGCAGAUUUGAAGGCUAGGUUAGGCAAAUACGAAAACACCUGUAUCAAUGUGGAAGGGUAUGACCCUGUUGUCAUAGCACCGGCCGAAUCUUUGCUGGAAAGUUUAUGCAAAGAAAUCUGCAAGCUGAAGCUCAAAUUGAAAGACACAGAAAUGAAUGCGGUUCAGCAAGCAGAGUUGAGACAACAAGAGAUACAGAGGUUGCAACAGCUGCUGAGGGAGAUGGAGCGAGAGCUGGAGAGUGUGAUCCGUCAAUCAGACCACGAGAAGGACCAGGAUAUCCAGAGGCUCCGCUCUGCCCUGGCCGAGAGGGACCGUGCCCAGGCCACCCGUGCCGUCCUGUGCACCUCGCUGGCUGGAGAGGCCGACCAGCUCCGGGGCCAACUGGGAGCCACAGUCAGGGUGUGUCAGGAGUUACUGGGCCGACUAGAGAGAGAGAAGGGAGGAGAGAGAGUGACGGAGGAGGUGAAAAUGCAGCAGAAGGCAAAAGAGAUAUUGGAUUAUACGGAAGCUGGUCGCGUUGACAUUCGAGUCAGCAAACUCCAAGAAGAGAACCAAAAGCUAACUCAAAGAGUGGCAUAUGUGGAAGGUCUAAACUCCAAAUGGCAAAAGUAUGACUCGAGCAGGGAACAGUAUGUGAGGUACCUGUGUCAGAAGCUGAAUGAAUCUAGUGCCCUGGCUGUUUCCUCCAGCCCUGCUCCAGGUAUGGGGCAUAGGUUAGGGCCCAGACCUACACAAGAGCCUGGGCCUGGCCUGGACUUGUUCCCAGAGUUGGCCUCAGCCAAAGCUGGUUUGCUCCAGCAGGAGAUAGCCAGGCUCAACGGCCUACUGGAGGAGAAGUUGGGGGACUGUGGGAGGUUGGGGAGAGAGCUGGAUGAGAGCAGGAGACGAUACAAGGACCGUAUCCAGAUGCUAGAGCAACAGGUUCUCAUCUACACAGAUGACUUUAACUCGGAGCGGGCAGACAGGGAGAGAGCGCAGGGCAGGAUCCAGGACCUGCAAGAGGAAUUAUCUCGACUACAGGAGCAGCUACACACACAGGCACAGAGCCCUACUAGAGAUGCCAACUCCACGUGCCGAGUCCAUAAAGGACACCGGAUCUCCCCACGCAUGAGCACGGACUCGACCGAAUCACUGCUGAGGAACAGCGCCAAUCCACAUGUGACAAAAAUCAAAAACUAAAAGUGGGCCUUGACAUGGGGCGGCGUCAGCGGUAAUUAGCACCCAGUCCCACCUGGACAAAGUGCGUCAGGCUAUGAGCUCCGGCGUGAAGUUUCCCCUAGGUACAGCUAUAGGAUAAUCUUCCGUUCCCCAAUCCAAACCAUAAAGUGGGGAAAAUGCAAAACUGACCCAACAUCUAGGGGCAACUUUGCCCUACUCCCAAGCUAUGAGAGUUACUGCCCCUCCCACCCCAUGGGGGUGUUAAGACAAAUAUCGCUAACUGACGAUAAUUAAGCACUGAAAAAAAGCACUACAUGCACCCUAAGAAGGGUUAGGACCGGGGAGCUUAGAAAACUGACUAGUUCAACUGGGUUGUGUUCAUUAGGCACUAAAUGGAAGAAAAUGGACUGGAACAGGGACUUCAGACGCUACCAUGCUUUUUGGUUGUUAAAAGACUGAAUCGAAUAGAUUAGCGAUGCAGAGUUGGAGUGUCAGUACUAGCUUGGUGGUCGUAGUGGGAGAAAUAGUGCUAGCACUUUAUUUUACAGUACAUAAAAGACCAGGUAUUUACCAGGAUACUACAUGGUAAAAUGAUAACACAGUAGUGACUUUGAAUUAUCUGUUUCCUUCGGAUUCGUAACAACAAACACCACUGGCCACCAUUUGAAUGGGUUGUUCCUUGAAGGAAAUGCCAUAAAGUACCCAUUGUUACCAUAUAAUUUCAGAGUAAAUACCUGAUAAAUACCAGUUGAAAAAGUAAGUAAGUGUAAAAUAUUUUUUUGUGAAAUACCUUUGGUUUGGCAAGAUGAAGCGAUUUCCAGUGCAAACCCACUCAUGUUUGACUACAUGAUCCAUAUGAAUUAUCACAUGAUACUGCAUGGUUGUGUUUCUGUGUGGAGAUGGUUGAUUGCGUGGUCUGUAGAAAAUAUAGAUGGGAAAUUGGAUGUUAAUUACGAUAUUUGAAUGUCACAUACCUCAAUUCAAUAUUCCGGCAUCAAAUUGUUAAUCUGUUGCACUUUCCUAACCUGUUUACCAAAGUUGUCAUUAAUGCACAUAUUUUUUUUUUUUUGAUUUAUUGGAUUUGAAAUACAUAAGCUUCUUUCCGGUUGAAGAUACUGUAAUAAUGUUGUCUGUCAUUAGCAUGGCGCUAUUUGUUGUACUGUAUAUUUGUAUGUUGUUCACGUUUUGAGUAAGUAAUCUAUUUUCAAUUUAACCUAUAGAUGUUGACCUAUGUUAUUUGUGCCUGGAAAUAUGUAUUCACAGUAUUAUAUAUGAUUGAAUAUUUAUUUGCUAUUCGUGGGGCUUUUUCAAAUGGGCAAAUCUUUAUAGUGCUGUGUCAAAAUGAAUAUCACAUAAUAUGUUUUGAGGUGUCGUCUGAAUCCUGGUACACCUAAGCAGAAUGUUUCCCAAAUCCUGGUAAGACAAGACAGUGUGGGAGACAAAUUCUCCGCAACAUGGCAACCUUAAAAAAAGUGACAUUUGAAACUACAUUUGGAGAAAUUACCUCCGAACUGACACAAGUUUUAUUUUUCUAGAAGCCAUUGAUUUAUAAACAUCAAAAUGUGAUUAUCUGUUUUAACCUGUUUAAUUGAAAGGAUAUUUUUGUAAUAAAAAAAAAUGUUGUUUGACCAA